CGUCCAGACCACUAUUUCACCAGAUCGAUCAGUGAGCAUUCCCACUUGAUCCGUUGUGAUUCGGAGUGGGCAAGAUAGAGAUGGAGGAGAUCCAACAUUUUAGCCACGAGGAACAUCCCUUGCUGUUUGUGGAAGAGUUUGAAAAUGAUGAUGAGGAGAUUCAAGUUAUUGUUUGCUCAGGUUGCGAUCAAUCUAUUUACGCUCCUGCCUACAAAUGCUCUCACUGCAACUUCUUCCUUCACAAGUUCUGCGCCGAGUUAUCCCCUGAGAUACAACACGUUGGGCAUCCAAACCACACCCUUGUUCUCCAAAAACCAUCAGAGUCUAGAUUUUGUGAUGCCUGCCGUAGGUACUGCAAAAGAUGCUUCUUCUACCACUGCAAUAGUUGCGAUUUCGACAUUGACAUCGAAUGUGCUUCCAAUUGGCGAAGUAAUACUGACGACGGUCACCAACACGAAUUCGUUCCCAUCUUUCAACACAUCCACUUCACUUGUGAACUCUGUGGUAAUGAGGAUCGCAACAGCGUUGCCCAGGUAUGUCGCAUUUGUCAACUCUUGGCUCACACUCUUUGUACUCUGAGGCCACGUACCAUCAAAAUUAUGGCAGAUCGUCAUUUGCUCACUCUCAUCCAUUCACUUGCUAAAGUCAUCAAGGAGCACCACGAUCUGCUAUUCUGUAACCUCUGCUAUAAACAGAUCAACCUCAAGUAUGCGGGUUAUUAUUGUCAACAAUGUGAUUUCGUAGCCCACUUGGAAUGCGCACACGACAAUUCAAUUGGAGCAAGUAGUGAUACCAUAGACGACUCAAGCAUAGAGGAGGAGGAGGGUAUCGACUUUGAAGAGGGUGAAGAACUUGAGGAGCUCAAACAUUUCCAUCAUGAACAUGACUUAUUCCUCAGCCGCAACCAAGUGGAGGUUCAUCAUGUACAUAAGCUGUGUGAAGGUUGUGUGCAAUCAAUUUCUGCCCCAUUUUAUAGUUGUCAGCAAUGCAAUUACUUUCUCCAUAGCAAAUGUGCUAGACUACCCUUAAAGAAGUGGCAUCCAAAACACCCACAUCUGCUUACCCUCUCCGCAAGGGGAAGGGAAAACUACUUUGACGGCCUGAUCAUAAGUUGCGCUGCUUGUGAUCGUGUAAGCCAUGGCUUUGCCAUGGCACUGAUGAUGUCAUGGCUGCAGAUCACCAAUGAUCAUCUGCAGACUGCAUUUACAUCUUCUGUCUUUCAUCCCAUUCAAAGUCAUUCUGAUCCAACACUUCUGAAUGUGUUUCUUAAAAGUGUUUGA